AUGGCCAAUAGUACAUCAGCAUUCACAGGCAACUCUGUAUUGAUGACAACAGGUGAAUCACAAGUGACAUUUGAUAAUAUGACACUAAGUCUGAAUGAUAAUGCUACACUAUACCUCUCAACAUCAACAUACUAUGACCUUAAUAACUUUAGUAAGAAUCAAUUCAAUGCAUUCAUUAACUCCACCAUCUUAUUAUCCUCAAGCACAACCUUUGAGUUGGAUCAUACCUUCGCCCUGUUCAUCACCAAGUUGUUCACAAUCAAAGACAAUGCUACUAUCUAUAUGCAUGAUGGAUCCUUUAUGUACUUGGAUUGCACCAACAACACACUACAAGGCAACUCAUCAGUAUUGGUUCGAGGUGCCUCACUCCUUGGACUCAGUACACCUGACUCUACUCUACUUCAAAUUAACUCAUCCAAGUUGAUACUUAAUGAUGGAUCACACUUUGAAGUUGAAGGAAGUUAUACUGCACAGGACUCUGUGGCGAUAUCAUUGUCCAAUCAAUCAUUGUUGGUUGUUCGUGGACAGUACAAUCAACAAGGAAUGGCAACGAUGAAGACUAACAAUGCAUUCAUAGUAAUAGAAGGAGGAUGUUCAUUCAAAGAGAGUGCUGUUGGUACAUUCACCAAUGAUUCUAGACUACAUGUCAAUGGUACACUAUCAUUCCAAGAUAGAUCAAUAUUAUCAUUGGACAGUUCAAAGGUUUCAGUACCAGGUACACUCACAGUGUCAUCCACCAUCCAAUUGUCAAACUCUACAAUCUCUGUCAUUGGUCUAUUCAAUACUAAUGGUAACAUCACUGCGUUGAACUCACUGAUUGAUACCAAUGGUACUGCAAACUUUGGAGGUAACUUCAAGGGAGAAUCAAGCAACAUAACAGUGACCAAUGGUAAUCUAUCGAUUAUUGGUGCAUCAAUGUUCAAUUGUACCAAUAGUCAUAUAUCAGUUAUCUCUGGUAACUUUAUAUAUGACACCCAAUCAUCGAUCCACAUGAUAAACACAUCAUUCAUCAACUUGAAUGGACAUGUCGAAUCACAAGGACAUAUCACAGUGUUCCCUGGAUGUACCAUGAGCAACAAUGGUACCUUCAACCUCCAAUCAAGUAUCCUAAAGUCAUCCACCAAUGUCAAUGAUAUCAUAUUUGAGAACACUGGUACAUUCUCAUCACUUCACUCCUCAGAGAUCAAAGAAAUAAUGAUACCAUUCAAUAAUAAUGGACAAGUUAAUAUUAAUAGUUCAUUGACAUUAUCAUUGUUCACUCAAUCAGAUGGUAUCACCAAUAUUGCCAAUGGUACAGUGUUGGGAUCAAACAACACGGUUGACAUUCAAGGUGGAUACCUUGCUGGAAGGAAUGGUACAAUCCUUGCAUCACUGACCAUUAAUGGUACACUUGGAUACAACCAAUCAACCUACCAACCUACAUCGCUCCAAGUGGUUGGUAACCUUACCCAACAUUCUCAAGGUACCAUGGUAGUGAUCAUCAACUCUGAGCGUGACUUUACUGAAUUCAAUAUCACAGAGAAGGCAACAUUCGAUGGUGAGUUGGUCGUAAAGAUCAACAAAGAGUUCUUUGUUUCCAGCAAGUCAAUCAAUGUUGUCAACUUUAAUGAGGCAAGUGGACAGUUUGCCAAUGUCAAGAUCAAGUCAUUCGAUCCAAACAGUAACAACAAGGAGUCUGAUCAUGAUGAUUGUAACUAUGUGGUUGGUCAGGAUGCCAAAUCACUUAGAGUGUUGGUCUCUUGUAAGUCUGGCAAAUCAAAGUUGAGCACAGGUGCCAUCGUGGGCAUUGUCAUUGCAUGUGUUGUUGUGGUCGUCGUAGUUGGAUCACUCCUUCAUCUUAGGAAGAAGAUUGUCAUCAGCUACAAACUCAAGUCUGGUAUAUUCAAACUUAGGAAGCUGAAUAAAUAA